CCGGCGGGCGCUCUCUAUGGUCGGCCGGGCGGUGUGUUGUCAUCCGCGGAGCGACGGCCGGAGGCGGCAGCGGAGGCCCUGGCGGGGCGUUUGGUUUCGGUUUGGCCCUAACUAGGAUUAGUGUUGACGGUCGAAAUGGGAGUCCCCAAGUUUUACCGAUGGAUCUCAGAGCGGUAUCCCUGUCUCAGCGAAGUGGUGAAAGAGCAUCAGAUUCCUGAAUUUGACAACUUGUAUCUGGAUAUGAAUGGAAUUAUACAUCAGUGCUCCCACCCUAAUGAUGAUGAUGUUCACUUUAGAAUUUCAGAUGAUAAAAUCUUUACUGAUAUUUUUCACUACCUGGAGGUAUUGUUUCGCAUUAUUAAACCCAGGAAAGUGUUCUUUAUGGCUGUUGAUGGUGUGGCUCCUCGAGCAAAAAUGAACCAGCAGCGUGGGAGGCGUUUUAGGUCAGCAAAGGAGGCAGAAGACAAAAUUAAAAAGGCAAUAGAGAAGGGAGAAACUCUUCCUACAGAGGCCAGAUUUGAUUCCAACUGUAUCACACCAGGAACUGAAUUUAUGGCCAGGUUACAUGAACAUCUGAAGUAUUUUGUAAAUAUGAAAAUUUCCAUGGACAAGUCAUGGCAAGGAGUUACCAUCUACUUCUCAGGCCAUGAGACUCCCGGAGAAGGAGAGCAUAAAAUUAUGGAAUUUAUCAGAUCCGAGAAGGCAAAGCCAGAUCACGAUCCAAACACCAGACACUGUCUUUAUGGUUUAGAUGCUGACUUGAUUAUGCUUGGAUUAACAAGUCACGAGGCACAUUUUUCUCUCUUAAGAGAAGAAGUUCGAUUUGGUGGCAAAAAAGCACAAAGGGUAUGUGCUCCAGAAGAAACCACAUUUCACCUCCUACACUUAUCUUUAAUGAGAGAGUAUAUUGACUAUGAGUUUUCGGUAUUAAAAGAAAAGAUCACAUUUAAAUAUGAUAUUGAAAGGAUAAUAGAUGAUUGGAUUUUGAUGGGGUUUCUUGUUGGUAAUGAUUUUAUCCCUCAUCUACCUCAUUUACAUAUUAAUCAUGAUGCACUGCCUCUUCUUUAUGGAACAUAUAUUACCAUCCUGCCAGAACUUGGGGGUUAUAUUAAUGAAAGUGGGCAUCUCAACUUACCUAGAUUUGAGAAAUACCUUGUGAAGCUAUCAGAUUUUGAUCGGGAGCACUUCAGUGAAGUUUUUGUGGACCUAAAAUGGUUUGAAAGCAAAGUUGGUAACAAGUACCUCAACGAAGCAGCAGGUGUGGCAGCAGAAGAAGCCAGGAACUACAAGGAAAAUAAAAAAUUAAAGGGCCAGGAAAAUUCUCUGUGUUGGGCUGCUUUAGACAAAAAUGAAGGUGAAAUGGUAACUUCUAAGGAUAAUUUAGAAGAUGAGACUGAAGAUGAUGACCUAUUUGAAACUGAGUUUAGACAAUAUAAGAGAACAUAUUACAUGACGAAGAUGGGGGUUGAUGUAGUAUCUGAUGACUUUCUGGCUGAUCAAGCUACAUGUUAUGUUCAGGCAAUACAGUGGAUUUUGCACUAUUACUAUCAUGGAGUUCAGUCCUGGAGCUGGUACUAUCCUUACCAUUAUGCACCUUUUCUAUCUGAUAUACGCAACAUCAGUACACUCAGAAUCCAUUUUGAACUAGGAAAACCUUUUAAGCCUUUUGAACAGCUUCUUGCUGUACUUCCAGCGGCUAGCAAAAAUUUACUUCCUACAUGCUACCAGCAUUUGAUGACCAGUGAAGACUCACCAAUUAUAGAAUAUUACCCACCUGAUUUUAAAACUGACCUAAAUGGGAAACAACAGGAAUGGGAAGCUGUGGUGUUAAUCCCUUUUAUUGAUGAGAAGCGAUUGUUGGAAGCCAUGGAGACAUGUAACCACUCCCUCAAAAAGGAAGAGAGGAAAAGGAACCAACAUAGUGAGUGCUUAAUGUGCUGGUAUGAUAGAGACACAGAGUUUAUCUAUCCUUCUCCAUGGCCAGAAAAGUUCCCUGCCAUAGAACGAUGUUGUACAAGGUAUAAAAUAAUAUCAUUAGAUGCUUGGCGUGUAGACAUAAGCAAAAACAAAAUAACCAGAGUUGACCAGAAGGCAUUAUAUUUUUGCGGAUUUCCUACUCUGAAACACAUCAAACACAAAUUUUUUUUGAAGAAAAGUGGUGUUCAAGUAUUCCAGCAAAGCAGUCGUGGAGAAAACAUGAUGUUGGAAAUCUUAGUGGACACAGAAUCAGAUGAACUUAUCAUAGAAAAUGUAGCUUCAUCAGUGCUUGGAAAAUCUGUCUUUGUUAAUUGGCCUCACCUUGAGGAAGCUAGAGUUGUGGCUGUAUCAGAUGGAGAAACUAAGUUUUACUUGGAAGAACCUCCAGGAACACAGAAGCUUUACUCAGGAAGAACUGCCCCACCAUCUAAAGUGAUCCAUCUUGGAGAUAAAGAACAAUCUAACUGGGCAAAAGAAAUACAAGGAAUUUCAGAACAUUACCUGAGAAGAAAAGGAAUAAUAAUAAAUGAGACAUCUGCAGUUGUAUAUGGUCAGUUACUCACAGGUCGUAAAUAUCAAAUAAAUCAAAAUGGUGAAGUUCGUCUAGAGAAACAGUGGUCAAAACAAGUUGUUCCUUUUGUUUAUCAAACUAUUGUCAAGGACAUCCGAGCUUUUGACUCCCGUUUCUCCAAUAUCAAAACAUUGGAUGAUUUGUUUCCUCUGAGAAGUAUGGUCUUUAUGCUGGGGACUCCCUAUUAUGGCUGCACUGGAGAAGUUCAGGAUUCAGGUGAUGUGAUUACAGAAGGUAGGAUUCGUGUCAUUUUCAGCAUUCCAUGUGAACCCAAUCUUGAUGCUUUAAUACAGAACCAGCAUAAAUAUUCUAUAAAGUACAACCCAGGAUAUGUGUUGGCCAGUCGCCUUGGAGUGAGUGGAUACCUUGUUUCAAGGUUUACAGGAAGUAUUUUUAUUGGAAGAGGAUCUAGGAGAAACCCUCAUGGAGACCAUAAAGCAAAUGUGGGUUUAAAUCUCAAAUUCAACAAGAAAAAUGAGGAGGUACCUGGAUAUACUAAGAAAGUUGGAAGUGAAUGGAUGUAUUCAUCUGCAGCAGAACAACUUCUGGCAGAGUACUUAGAGAGAGCUCCAGAACUAUUUAGUUAUAUUGCCAAAAAUAGCCAAGAGGAUGUGUUCUAUGAAGAUGACAUUUGGCCUGGAGAAAAUGAGAAUGGUGCUGAGAAAGUUCAAGAAAUUAUUACUUGGCUAAAAGGACAUCCUGUCAGUACUUUAUCUCGUUCUUCUUGUGAUUUACAAAUUCUGGAUGCAGCGAUUGUUGAGAAAAUUGAGGAAGAAGUUGAAAAGUGCAAGCAAAGAAAGAAUAAUAAGAAAGUGCGAGUAACAGUGAAGCCCCAUUUGCUAUACAGACCUUUAGAACAGCAACAUGGAGUCAUUCCUGAUCGGGAUGCAGAAUUUCGUCUUUUUGACCGUGUUGUAAAUGUGAGAGAAAACUUCUCAGUUCCAGUUGGACUUCGAGGCACCAUCAUAGGAAUAAAAGGAGCUAUUAGAGAAGCUGAUGUACUAUUUGAAGUAUUAUUUGAUGAAGAAUUUCCUGGAGGCUUAACAAUAAGAUGCUCACCUGGUAGAGGUUAUCGACUGCCAACAAGUGCCUUGGUGAACAUUUCUCAUGGGAGUCGCUCUGAAACUGGAAAUCAGAAAUUGACAGCCAUUGUGAAACCACAGCCAGCUGUGCAUCACUAUAACUCAAAUUCAUCAGUUUCUACCGGGCAUUUGGGAGGCCUCAACCAUUCCCCUCAGUCACUUUUUGUUCCUACUCACGUACCUACUACAGAUGAUGAUGAAUUUUGCAACAUUUGGCAGUCCUUACAGGGAUCUGGAAAGAUGCAACACUUUCAGCCAACUAUACAAGAGAAGGGUGCUGUUCUACCUCAAGAAAUAAGCCAAGUAAAUCAACAUCAUAAAUCUGGCUUUAAUGACAACAGUAUUAAAUAUCAGCAAAGAAAACAUGACCCUCACAGAAAAUUUAAAGAAGAGUGUAAGAGUCCUAAAGCUGAGUGUCGGUCCCAGAAAAUGUCCAAUAAGCAAACUUUUGAAGGGCCUGCCAAAUGUAAUAUUAAGCUAUUGAAGAGAAAUGAAAGUCCAGAAGUCUCAGAAACCCAAAAGGUUGUGACUGGUUAUCCAAAUGCUAUUGAUAAGCCUAACUCUGGAAUUGAGAACUUUUUAGCAUCUUUGAAUAUUUCCAAAGAAAAUGAAGUACAGUCAUCUCAUCAUGGGGGACCUCCAAGUGAAGAGCAUUUGUCACCACAGUCAUUUGCUAUGAAGGGAACACGGAUGCUUAAAGAAAUUCUAAAAAUUGAUGGCUCUAAUACUGUGGACCAUAAGAAUGAAAUGAAACAGAUUGGUCAUGAAAUCCCUGUUUCCUCUAAUAGAAGAGAUGAAUAUGGAUUACCCUCUCAGCCUAAACAAAAUAAGAAGUUAGCAUCUUAUGUGAACAAGCCUCACAGUGCUAAUGAGUACCAUAAUGUUCAAUCAAUGGACAAUAUGUGUUGGCCUGCCCCCAGCCAGAUCCCUCCUGUAUCCACACCAGUAACUGAACUUUCUCGAAUUUGUUCCCUCAUUGGAAUGCCACAACCUGAUUUCUCCUUUCUUAGGACGCCACAGACAAUGACCAUUUGCCAAGUAAAAUUAUCUAAUGGCUUACUGGUACAUGGGCCACAGUGCCACUCUGAAAAUGAAGCCAAGGAGAAAGCUGCACUUUUUGCUUUACAACAGUUGGGCUCCUUAGGUAUGAAUUUCCCUUUGCCUUCACCUGUAUUUGCAAAUUAUCCUUCCGCUGUACCACCCGGAACCAUUCCUCCAGUUUUUCCCCAAGCUACUGGCUGGGAUCACUAUGGAAGAAACUUAGCAUUGGGGGCAGCUAAUAUAAUGCCUUCAUCAUCUCAUCUCUUUGGCUCAGUGCCAUGGGGACCACCAGUGCCAGUUCCUGGGAAGCCCUUCCAUCAUCCUUUAUAUUCUGGGACCAUGCCCGUGGCUGGGGGAAUGCCAGGGGGUGUGCACAAUCAGUUUAUACCUCUGCAGGUUACUAAAAAAAGGGUUGCAAACAAAAAGAACUUUGAGAAUAAGGAGGCCCAGUGUUCUCAAGCUGCUCCUGUUCACACUAGCCAGCCAGAUUCUUCCAGUGCUGCCAAAGUAAGUCCACAGGAGAGCUCAUCAGCUUCUCUACAGUCCUCUCAGAUUGCUCAACCCGCAUCUUCUUUUCAAGUUGAAACUGCCUCUCAAGGCCGUAGUAUAUCUCACCAUAAGCCAACACCAAGCUCUUCUUCAAGAAGAAAAUCAAGAAAACUGGCUGUCAAUUUUGGUGUUUCUAAACCUUCUGAAUAAAUUUGGCUUUUGGAAUUAAGUUAAUUUCUUCUCUUUCCAUCUACCUUUUUACAAAUUCAUAUCUGUAUCUCAUAAAAAUUAGAAUGUACUAUUUUAAAAUAGUAAGUGUAAAUGGAAAUUUUUUCAUUUUUAAGUUAUUAGGCACUUUUCAUGCUGUUUAAAAGACUGUAUCAAAUUGUGCACUUUAAGUAUGUACAAUUUGUUGUACGUCAAUUAUACCUCAAUAAAUCUGUAAAAAAAACAAAGACUAAAUUAAACCUUGUAUUAAAUAAUAUUAUAAUAUCAGUGGACUAUACAUUAAAAUGAACCACUCUAAUUAUUGGCCUCACCAUUAAAGCAUCCUGAACUAUGAAUUAGGCAUCAGUUAGCAAUAAUAAGCAUUUUUUACACUAUCAUUGAGGAAUAAUUACACGGAGCAUGAAAUUUCGGCCUCCAGUAUAACUUACUGAAUAUGGAUUUUAUUUCUCUUUUUAAUGAUGUAAGACAAUUGUCAGGAGAAUGGCUCUUAUUUAUGUGUAUUUUAACUUACGCUUUGUUGUCUCUGAUGGUCCUUUAGACCUGCUGUGAAAGGAUCACAUUUGUUGUGGUGCUGCCAGUUUUGCUUUAUUCUAAAUUUUGUACCAAAGCAACUUUAGAAUACUAAUCAGAAUAUUUCAUCUAACUGCUUAGAACUAUAAAUAGCAUUCUGAAUUUGAGUAAGUACAAUUUUUUAGAUUAUUCAAGAACCAGCAAGUAAUUUCUAAUAAAAUUGUUUCAAAAUCUACAGGGUACAAUGAUUACAAAUUAAUCUUCUAAUAAAAUAUGAAAUAUUAGUCAUUAAUUAAAAUAAAUUGUAUUCUUUUGUAUAGCUUUUUAUUUGCUUACUUGACAGUUUAUGAGAGUUUCAUAGUUGGUCGAUAAGUAGUGCUUCUUGGGGCUGAAGAAAUUCUAAUUGUUUUUUAAGUUCCAAGGUGUGCUAUGAUAUAGGAGACACAGUCAUCAGUUUGUGAUAUACAUUAUUUACUGCCUAUUUCAUUCUAAUUCUGUAUUUUUAGCUUUAUGCUAGACUGUUCAUUGAUGCUAGGAUUCUCUCUUUGCAUGUCAUAUGUGAAUGUGUGGUUCAAGCUGUAACCAUUGAAAUUAUUUUAGAAUUUAUGAAGAUUUCUCAGCAGGGCCUAUGUUUUGAUAUAUAUAUAUUAUAUUUAUUCUUUAGUUUUUGUGAUAUGCCUAUAUUUUUAAGGAAGUAAGUUAUAGCAUACUUUUUAAAAAGUAGGAACCACAAUCUUUAUAUGGAGCAGCUUGUUGUUCUAUCUGAUUUUCAUUUAGCUCAUUGAAACCUCUGCCAUGACUCAGAGUAGUCUUACUUGUUUUUUAAAAUGCUGGUAUUAAACUAAAUGGACUCCUUUCACUAACUGCUGAUUUCAGAGUUUAAAUGUUAGUAGGUUAUUUGUAUAUUAGCAGUGCCUUCAGUAUAAGAGAGAAAUAUUCAUUAUCUGUCAUUUAUCAGUUGUAUGAGUUUCCAUGAUUUUAUUUUCUGUUAUUUACAUAAAAUUCAGAUGUUCGGAUAAGAUUAGUUACCAACAUUUUCUUGUUUAUCUGUAGUGGGAUCUUGCAUAAUGAGGCUCAAGCAGUCCUCAGUGUUUAUUGUUAUUGCCUCGUUAACUCUCUGUUUUUAAAGGAAACAUCUAUUAUGGUAAUACAAAGAAAAGUUAAAUUAUAAUGUUAUAUUAACCUGUUCCUGCUUUUAAAGUGUGUAAUGUUUCACCUCAACUGUACAAACUCCAUCAAUGACAAAUUGAUUCAUUCAUUAUUCCGUGUGACAGUUAUAUAAAUAGCAUGCAGCCCACAUCUGUUUUACAACAUAGAAGAAGUAGCACCUGCCAGCUUCUGAAAACUCCAAAGGGAAAUUUUAGUAAACAUCGUGCCACUAAACACAUAAGGAUACUUCCCCAAUAUUUGAGCAUAGCAAGCUGACAAUUCUAUACAGAUAGGCAGUAAAAGAGUUUUAUUUUCCGGCCAGGCGCAGUGGCUCUCACCUGUAAUCCCAGCACUUUGGGAGGCCAAGGCCGGCAGAUAACUUGAGGUCAAGAGUUCCAUCCAUACAAGCCUGGCCAACAUGGUGAAGGCCCAUCUCUACUGAAAAUACAAAAAUUAGCCAGGUGUGGUGGCAGGCACCUGUAAUCCCAGCUACUGGGGAGGCUGUGGCAGAAGAGUCACGUGAACCUGGGAGGCGGAGGUUGCAGUGAGCGGAGAUUGCACCACUGUACUCAGAGCCUGGGCAGCAGAGCAAGACUCUGUCUUUAAAAAAAGUUUUAAUUUUUUUACUUUUUUUUUAACAUUAUUAUUCUAAAGAUCAGAACUGAAAAUAGAUUAAGAUAAGAGAGAGCUCCAUAAUGGCUGGAUAGCGGUCAGGCAUUCUCUAUUUUUUUUCCCCUUGUAGACCUAUUCCAAAUGUGGACCGAUGCAAGAGGCAGAGGCUGUUUCUGCCCCAUCAUGAUCUUGAGGAAGCUGGAUCCAUUGAUAUGCCUGGACUGUAGAGUAUAUCUGAAAAGCAGUUGGACUUCAAGAAACUUAAAAUUUUCUCUUUGAGAUAGGGUAGACUAAGACCACCUCCAAAGUUUAAAAAUAUGCUCUUUCAGCUUAAAUCUUCUGAGGACUUAGACUGUAGGGCACAGGACAAAUUCCCCAGAUUCCUUCGUUUCCACAUAACUAGAGUACUUAAAUCUAUUUAAGCCUUCCUCUCUUAACUGAAACAUUAUUUCUAAAUAUUUCUGAUCAAUAAGUUUUUUCUUUUUUUGAGAAACUUAAGUGAAUUUUAAAGAUUGCUGCUUCCAGUCCCGUUUCUUUUCACAUUUUCCUGCAUUACCUAAUAAUUGCCUCCGUGUUAGAAUUUGACUGAAUGUAUUAAUUUAUUUAAACAACAUAUAGACUAAAGUCUUAAACAUCUAAGACUCAGUUGCACAAAAAAAUUAAAAUCACCUCUACUGAACCUUGGUUUCGAUUUAAGAUUCUUCUUGCUUUUCAAAGGGGUAACUAAUAAAGAUUGAAGGGUUUUUUCCCCGAUUGGUGGGAGGGAUGAAGAACUAUUGAUGCAAGUUUUUCAUUGUUUCUUUUCUGUGAUCAGGUUUCUGCUUUCGUUUAAGAUUGGUACUUCCAAACUAACCUGGAUUCUUGGUUUUAAUGAGAGGAGGCAGAGAGAGGGAGGCAGAUGAAAGAAGGAAAACAGUUCAAUAAGACAUACCCAGUCACUGCAUUUUUGGACUGUACUGUAUCUUUCUAGCUCAAGGAUAAUAGGUAAACUGUAGGGUCUUUUUUACUCACUUUUUAUUCAUCAGUUCUUUUUCUGUUAGUUGUAACUGUCCAUAGUGGUUAAUUUUUACCUUAUAUAUGAGAUGGAACUGUGCAGAUCUCCACUGAAGUUAAUUGUCACACUUCAUCCCAUUAUUUAGAACACUUUUUUAAAGCAACUGUACAAUUUCUCAGCCUUGUGAGCUUGCUUUCUGUUUCUUGUGUUUUUACUGUAAAAGACAAUUUAUUGUAGAGAAGAGGCUGUGAAAGGCCUUCUCUAUCUUUAAAAAAUAAAUUACAGAAAUUUACUUGUCAUUUUUCUACAGAAAAAUCAUAGUACUCAAACUGGUGGUACUCAUUAUGUACAUUUUGUAAGCUUUGCCAGUGAAACCAUCAGUUUCACUGAUGCAGGAGCUUCCUUUCGUAGUCAAGAUAAAGCUUAAAAUUCCAGAAAUUAAUAUCGUUCAGACUGACUCUUUUCAUAUUUCCGUACGGCUUCUCCAUAGCAGAAACAGUACCCCGAACCAGCAUCAGGUCUCCAGAAAUGUGGUAGAGCAGACAGGCAGGCUGUUAAGUUUCACAAACAUCACAGAUCAUUUUCUUAGAGAAGAAAAACAUGUAUAAAAUAGUUUUAAUUGUCCAAAAUGUCCACUAUCUGUAGCUGCUUUUGUGUGUGUCAGUGAACCAAUAAUAAUGCCUUGCUCAAUCAAUGCAUUCAGCCAUCUCAAGUGCAAUUUGUGAAGGAGACUAUGGUUUCCAAAAGAUCCAUUUUUUCACAAAGUUAAACCUGUAAAAAGUUUAUUUUUGUUUUUUCCUCCAGCAGUACACCAAUUGCUCUUGGUUAUUUCAGUAGUUGGUAUGCUGUUAAGUUGUCCAGGCCAAGUAAGUUUUGUAGCUGUUUUAGUACUUUGAAGCCAAAUUCUUAUGCUGUUUCUCAUUAAAUAGUAAGAAUGAGAAUUUGGUCCACAGUUUGUUUAAUGUUCUCUCAUUCCUUUUCUUAUAAGGGUUUGGUGGGGAAUGGGGAGGUUGUUUUGUUUUUUGGAUUUUUUUAAAUUUCAGCCUCAAGUAUCAUAUUUUCUUUUGCCUGUAUCCAACUGCUUCUUUGAGUAUUUUCAUCUAUUUUAACAUGAGUAAUAGAUGGUGUGCUGUGUCAUCAAAGUGUUCAACAUUUUGUUCAUUUAAACAAAAGUGUAAUUCAUACAUAUAGAGAUGCAUCUCUCAAUUGAUUUCUCACAUAGCUAUUUUAUAAGUAACUGGAAUUUUUCAUUAGAUCUUAUACAGAGAAGUAUUUUAUUAAAAAUUCAAAAGGGAAGACUUUUAUGUGCUCAUUUUGUAAUUUUUGUUUUUAAAUAUCUUUACAUUGUCUGCCAAUUAAAGUGUUGUAAAAUUGCAUUGGAAUGGACUCCCAAUGUAUUUUUGUGGUGUUAUAUAGUUAUCUGUAGAUUUCUAGCAUGAAGUUAGCCUCACGAUGCCGUGUGAAGGAUUUUAAAAUAUGAGAGUCACUGAAAGAAUUUAAACAUCUGUUCAUGUUAAAUGCUCUAUGGAUUUUAAUUAAAGACUUCAGAAUGAUUUUAUAA